UCCACUCCCUGGACUCAGCAGUGUGCCCCGUAGUGCUGGUGAGAGGAGCCAGCUGAGUAGUCGCCCUCUCGCUACAGCUUUGCCCCCUGGAGACUGUACAUAGUUGGCAUCACUUUUCUGGAGUUGGUAUCUGACACGGGAUGAUGGCUGCAGGACCCGGGUGCGCGGCUGGCAGGAGUGCCUAUGAAGUGCUGCUGGGGCUGGUGACCGUCAGCCUGGUGUGUGCCUACAAUAUAGAUCUGGAUCACCCUGUGCUCUUCCAAGGUCCUAAUGGCUCUUUCUUCGGCUAUGCGGUUCUGGAGCAUUACCAUGACGACACGAGAUGGAUACUUGUUGGAGCCCCCAAAGCAGAUUCUAAAUAUAGUUCAUUCUUAAAAGCUCCUGGGGCAGUUUUUAAAUGUAGAGUUCACAGCAAUCCAGACAAGAAGUGUACAGAGCUGGAUCUUGGAAGAGGAAACAGUCGAGGGAGUUAUUGUGGAAAGACAUGUAAAGAGGACAGGGAUGAAGAGUGGAUGGGAGUUACUCUGGCAAGACAGUCAAAGGCUGAUGGCAGUGUUCUGGCAUGUGCUCAUCGCUGGAAGAAUAUUUACUAUGAAAGUGAGCUCAUACUUCCGUAUGGUUCCUGCGUUAUUCUCCCACCAAAUCUGCAGGCCAAUGGGAAGAAGCUUUUACCUUGCUAUGAAGAAUACAAGAAGAAAUAUGGUGAGGAACAUGGCUCAUGCCAAGCCGGGAUUGCAGGAUCUUUCAUGGAGGAGCUGGUAGUUAUGGGAGCACCAGGAUCGUAUUACUGGACAGGCACAGUUAAAGUACUGAAUCUUACUGACAACACAUACUUCAAGCUGAAUAAUGAAGCUGUCAUUGCUAAAGGUUACACAUAUUUAGGAUAUGCGGUCACUGCUGGUCACUUUUCACAAUCCACCACCAUGGAUAUAGUAGGUGGAGCCCCCCGAGAUAGUGGCAUCGGAAAGGUCUAUAUCUUUAGAUCAGAUAAGCCAUCUGGAUCACUUGUUAGGAUUUUUCAAGCAUUGGGCAAAAAGAUGGGCUCUUACUUUGGCUCCUCCUUAUGUGCAGUUGAUCUGAACACUGAUGGCCUAUCAGACCUCUUGGUUGGGGCACCCAUGUACUCCGAGGUUAGAGAUGAAGGACAAGUUACUGUGUACAUAAACAGAGGAAAUGGUGUAAUGGAUGAACAGAUUUCAUUGAAUGGAGACAAUGCAUAUAAUGCACACUUCGGAGAAAGCAUGGCAAACCUUGGAGAUAUCGAUGAUGAUGGAUAUCCAGAUGUUGCUAUUGGGGCUCCAAAAGAAGAUGACUAUGUAGGAGCGGUCUACAUAUAUCAUGGUGAUGAAGAUGGCAUUGUCCCUAAGUAUUCAAUGCGGAUAGCUGGGAGAAAAAUUAAUCCAGCUCUGAAGAUGUUUGGGCAGUCAAUUUCUGGAGGCAUUGAUAUGGAUAAGAAUGGUUACGUAGAUGUGACCAUCGGGGCUUUUAUGUCAGACAGUGUGGUACUUCUAAGAGCAAGACCAGUUAUUACUGUGGAUGCCUCAAUAAUCCUGCCAAACGCCAUUAACAUCACUGCACCACAGUGCCAUGAUGGGACACAAAAUGUGAACUGUGUCAAUAUUACUGUCUGCUUCCGGUUUCGUGGCAAACAUGUUCCUGGUGAAAUAGAGUUGAUGUACAAUUUAACUGCGGAUGUUGUGAAAAGAGAAAGUGGUCAGCAGCCCAGGGUGUUCUUGGUCUCAUCUGGAGAAACUGUUGCGCACAUCAGUGACAAACUCCAGCUCAGCCACAUGAGAGAGAUGUGUGACCAGUAUCUUGCACAUGUAAAGUGCAGAGUGAAAGAUGUCAUUUCACCCAUAGUGUUUGAAACAUCCUAUAGUCUUGGAGAACAUGUUAUUGGAAAAGAGGAGAAGGACUUGCCUGCUCUAAAGCCUAUUCUUCGCUGGAAAAAGGGACAAAAGAUCGCACAGAGAAAUCAGGUGCCAUUGAUACAGGUUACGAGUGGAGGACAGAGGAGACUCUUAAAGAAGAAGUUACAGACUUUUUUUGAAAGGAAUUGUCGCUCUGAAGACUGCCCUGCUGAUUUGCAACUGAAGGGAAGGUUACUGCUGUCAAGCUAUGACUCCACAACAGAAUACCUGGCGUUGGGAGCCGUAAAGAAUAUUUCACUUAACAUCUCUAUCUCCAACAAAGGGGAUGACGCUUACGACACCAAUGUUUUCUUCAACUUUUCAAGGGAGCUAUACUUUAUUAAAAUGUGGCAGGAGGAAGAACAAGGAAUUUCCUGUGAGUUAUUGGACGAUGACUAUGUUAAAUGCAGUGUAGGAUUUCCCUUUAUGAGGUCCCGGUCUAAGUAUGACUUCAGUGUGAUCUUUGAUACUAGCCGCUUAUCUGGAGAAGAUGAUGUUCUUCAGUUCCUGGUCACUGCCCAUAGUGGAAACAAUGAAAGAGCAGAAACUUUACAUGACAACACCCUGAUUCUGGCUGUGCCCCUGAAGCAUGAAGUGGACUCAUCAGUAACAGGGACUGUGUCCCCUUCUUCUUUUGUGUAUGGCGAUACAGUGGAUGUUUCAAACUUUAUCCUGCUCCAGGAUCAGGAAUGUCAUUUCCAGCCUCUUAAUUUCACAUUUCAGGUUUUCAAUGCUGGACCUAGUACUUUACCUGGAUCAUCCAUCAAAAUUUUGUUUCCUAAUCACCUUUCGGCUUCUGGAGCCGAGAUGUUUCUGAUCCAAGACAUCAUAAUUAUACAAGACAAAGCACGCUGUACAUUUCACAAAAAUCCAGCACCAUGUGUGAUCCCACAAGAAAAGGAAAACAUCUUUCACACAAUAUUUUCAUUCUUCAAAAAAUCAGGCCGAAAAGUGUUGGAUUGUGACAAAUCAAAUUGGCCAUGUUUAGAAGUGAAUUGCAACUUCACAUCAUUAGCAAAAGAAGAAACACAAACUAUUGAUGUGCUUACACUGCUGAAUACAGAGAUAUUGAAAAAGGACAGUUCUUCAGUAAUUCAGUUUGUGACCCUGGCUCAUUUAUCAGUAGAUCUAAAAUUACGGGCGGUAGAAGUACCACAUGGGAACUCGCAGGAUGCAACCGUGGUCUUUGAGGCAUUACACAAUCAAGAACCACGUGGUUAUGUGGUGGGUUGGAUCAUUGCCAUUAGCUUACUAGUUGGGAUCCUUAUAUUUCUGUUGCUAGCUGUACUGCUGUGGAAGAUGGGAUUCUUUCGCCGAAGGUACAAAGAAAUCAUUGAAGCAGAAAGGAAUCGUAAAGACUAUGAAGAAAGUUGGGACUGGGUGCAGAAAAAUCAGUGAGCGGCAUGUGCCAGCCCAGUCACCUGACACACUUUUGCUAGUUGAUUGGCUCUGUUUUUGUAUCUUUCAUAUGUGGAAGAAAAAAAUCUUCUCCAGAUUUUCCGGAGGCUUGUUGAUGCUGUUUAUUCCCUUAUCAGGCUGACUAGCUAAAAAUAGUGUGUCCCGAGGCAACCACUGAAGCAGUAUAAAGUGACUGGAGCAAGACUGUUCCCACUGCCAAGACAGCAUGCUGUAGAGAAUGGCAAUAUUUAUGAAUCCAUCGUAAACUACGUGGUGAAACUUCAGGGAAAAGCUAUUACCAAGAAGUAUUUUUUUUUGUUUUAUAAAUAUACAACUUUUAUACUGAACUUGUCUUUAUAUUUGAAGAUAUACUGUAUGUAAUGAAGAGCUGUACAGUUCUCUAACACACUGAUGCCUGGCUACUUGUACUGAUCCCACCAAGCUGUACAUUCAUGAAAAACCUAACCUAUUAGGUAAAAGCAAUUGUAAAUAGUUGCACUGAACUGCAGAUUCUUAAUACACAUCCUCGGGAUGAAGUUCAGUAGAUCAGUGGUUUCCAUCCUGAGCUCUCCAGAUUCUGGGAAACUACAACACCCAGUAACACGCUGUGAGGGCAUGCUUGGCAUUGUAGUUUCACAUCAGCAGGAGAACCAUGAAUUGGAGACCACUGCCCUAGACUAAGCUUUAUCAUUUAAAGUGCUCAUUUUGGUGGGAUCAGGGUCCUUGCAUAUUAUAUACAUGUAUGGAUUUCUACAAGUGUUUCUGUACAUAAACACACACCUUUUAGAACUAUCAUGUAUUUCAAUACAUUAUAUGACUUCCCAACCAUCACAAGACUCAGUACCUCGAAUGCAUGUGUGUAGUACUUCUACAGGUGUGUGAGCUUUUAUCUGUAAAGAAGAAUAAAACAAAAACAUUAUUGCUGCUUUGUAAUUAUGGUAUAUAGACCUUAUAGAUGAUCACUGUCUCAUCCUAUAGUUACAGAAAAGGCCAACAAUGAAGAUAAUGCCGAAGGUGAUAUGGGGAAAAAUGAGAGAUAUGAUGUUUAUGUGACUCUAAUGCCUUCACUGUUUUAUAAAUGUUUUAUUUUUGUUUUUAUACAUUACAGACAGGACAUCACUGAUUUACAUAGUGCAGGGAAUGAUAUCACUACCACCAAGUAUAUAUCUUAUAGGGUAAUAUUGUCAUUUGUGUAAUAUAUGUGGUGCAUAAUUUAGACCUACUGUAUGUUAGACUUGUUCUUAUGAGAGGACCAUGUCUAGUGUAUAAGGAGCAGUUAUUAUGUUGCACUUUUUUAAAGACCCUUUUAGUUCUAGAAGCCGGACAAACGACCGGUCAUUUAAUUAUAGAGAUAAAUGCAUGGUAAGCUCCAUUCAUUUUUUUCUCUGAGACCAUGCUCUCUAAUAGGGGAUAUGUUAGUAGUAUAGACACCUGACACGUGUUAAAUAAAUUACAUUUUUACCUAUAGAAAAUAGGCCGCACCAUGCCGGCCGGUUUCAAGAGAGGUAGUGCGGCAUGAGGCUCUCACUAUUCUCUUCUAAAAGGAAUCAGAUGAGACAGCCAUACAAUUGAAUGUGAGUUAUUGUCAUGAAUCAAACAAUUGCAAACAAUUUAUACUAUUUAUCACAUUGAUAUGUAAGAAUAUGUGCUUUAAAAUGCUAAUUCUACAAUUUCAUGGUGUGGAAGGGACAUCGAUUGUAAAGACUCAAUACAGACAGUAUUCUUAUUGAAUAUUCAAUUCAUAGUUUUCUAUAUAAAGUGUUGAAGACAAAUCCAUAGUUGGGACAGAUAUCUAUUCAUGCAUAAAAUAGGUUAGGCUUUGUACAGCAUAGCUCUAGUUUGUACACCUCAUAUCUGUAUUGCAAUGGUAGUUUCUUAAAAGAAGGAAUUUGUUGUUCAUCAAUUAGACAAACAUGAUGCAAUUCCAUUUGACAUGUAGAAAGACUAUGCACGUAAACAUUAAAAGGAGUUAUCCACCAUAAGGUGAUUUUAGUACAAACCUGGUACACAAUUAUGGACAUGCUUAGGAAGGAUCCAUGCUUGUCUUAAGACUAAAUGGCUAUGUUGUGAGAUUACCAUAACACUGUGGAUAGCAUUUUGUGAACUGGUAUUUCCUGUUUGAGGUUUCUUUUUUGCCUACAAAUCCCAUAAUUCCAUUUUCCUCCCUCCCACACAUCAGCCAUCCCACCCAUUGAAACAUAAAUGAGCUGCAUCCAUUCAAAAGACCUGUGGUUUUCAAUCAGGGGGCCUCCAGCUGUUGCAUUAGUUGCAGAUUGAUCUCACUCCCACCAAGCGAUCCCUCCACCCAUUAAAGCAGACAGUAACGGACAUGCUUAGGAAGGAUCUGCGCUUGUCUUGGGGCUAAAUGGCGAUAUCAUGAGAUUACCAUAACACUGUGGCUAGCGUUUUGUGAACUUGUAUUUCCUGUUUGACUUAUGUUUUUUUGACUACAAAUCCCACAAUGCCAUUUUCCUCCCUCACACAUCAGUCACCCCAGCCAUUGAAACAAAAGACCUGUGGUUUUCAAUCAGGGUGCCUCCAGCUGUUGCUUUACUUGCAGAUUGCUCUCUCCACCCAUUGAAGCAGACAGGCUCCCUGUCAUCAGCUGACUAGUGAGUCAGGCCUCGGCCGCAUUGCAACCUGGGAAAAAUCUGAGACAACAGUCAUUUUGUAUGCUGUUAAAAAUAAAUAGUGGGGUGAAAAUCACAUAAGAAUUCUGAGAAAACCGUCACACACAGGUACAGACACUAUAUUAGGAACUACACUAACUUUACAGCCCAUGUAGCAUAGUCAAGUAAAAAAGAAAUCCUGGAAUACCCCUUUAACAUCAAGAUGAGAAUUGAAGAACUUAAUUGGGAAGAAGCCAGAUCCCUCUUUCCACAGUAGUUGAUAUACUAUAGUUAUUUAGAGAAGAUAUCUGUGCUGACUUACAAUGCUUGUUUAAUGGUCUUUAUUAGUUUUAUAGCUCAUUAUAGUUUAUGGUUCUUGUAGGUUUUAUACUUAUCCUGUGGAGUCUGUAUUGAUUGAGUUCACUCUAACUUACAGUAAACACACAGUUAGGAAAACAUGUCAUAAGAAAGCUCUGCAAAUCAUACAAAGUCUUGUCUGUCAGCAGCAUAUAUAGUAGGGAUUAUACCCACAUACACCAGUUUACUGAUAUACUAAAAUCAAAAAUUUUUGCCUAAAUGAUGUUUUGCGCAAAAAUCUGUGGAUGGGGCUUAGCGGGAAGUGGUAACCUCCCAAAGCUUCUCAGAUUUAACAAUUGACACGAGAAAUUGGAAUAAAUUAUGCUAGAAUCAACAUCUGGCACAUCUUACUUUGGCAUAUUUUAAUUUAACUUAAGAUGUUAUAUCUGUGAAAAGCCAGAUUUAAGGGGGUAUGUCCCAUGUUAACAAGUUAUCCCUUAACCUUAGGAUAGAGGGCUACUAUCUGAUAGUUUGGGGGCUGAUUGCUGGGAUGCCCUGUGAUCUCAAGAAUGGGGACAUGAGUCUAUUAUCAAAAUGAAGUGGCGGGAUGUGCAUGCGCCUCACCGCUCCUUUCAUUCCUCCUACAAACUAUGGUAGAUGGCAAAGUACAGAUAUCUUUCAUUCUAAUAUAAAGAAUGAAGCAGUGGCAUGAAUGCGCAUCCAGGCGCUCCAUUCUUCUGGAAUACUCUAAUCUCAUGAUCACAAAAUGUUCCAGCAGCCAAACAUCCCCCAUGUGUAUUCUUUGUAUGUAUCCUUCUAAAAUAAACAGUUAUACAAAGCGCAACCCCCCCAUGUGUAAGGGGAUAGAUAGAGGCACAGUUCUUACUAAUCUAUUUUUGAUCAGCAAGUGACACUUUUUACUGUAGCUUAGUGCUGGCUGAAUGGUAAUGUAAUAAAUAUAUUUCACAAUUAAAUAAAUUUUCUCUCCACGACAACCCCCUGUCUAUAUGCGAUUUUAUGCCAUUCAGAAGAUUGGACUGAGCAAAAUAUCAAUGAUAAUAUUAGAACAUGACACACCCAACAUACACAUUCUAUAAUUGGGUUGGAACAAUGCUAAAUGUGGCAUUGACUGCAGUCAGGAUGUGGAUGAUUUAGGAUCAAACCCGAGUGUUCCUUCAUUUUACUUGGGUCCCUAGUAAACAUUAAAUCAAAAUGUUAUCAGUGACACAGAUAAUAUAAAGUGUAUGUUGUGUAUAUUAACAGAAUUCUGAAUAUAUUUCUAUCAUUUUGUUAUGAAUAAAGAGUUCAUAUUUCACUCACCAUAGACAGUAAUUUAUCAUUUUAAAGGGGUACUCCACCCCUAGACAUCUUAUCCCCUAUCCAAAGGACAGAGGAUAAGAAGUCUGAUGGCGGGGGUCCUGCCGCUGGGGACCCCCGCA